AUGGUCUCGACAACUACUGUCGUCACAGCUACUGUCGCAACCGCUGCGACGGGCAUCCUCGCCUAUGCCGCGUACUUUGACUACCAGCGCCGAAACCAGGUCGAGUUCCGACGCAACCUCAGGAGGAACGAGCGCAGGCAGUUUCGGGCCGAAAAGGAGGAGCAAGAGAUUUCGUCCCUGAAGCAACGAGCGGCCAUCAAGUCGCUUAUUGACGAGGCCAAUGAGGAGGGCUUCCCCCAGGGCGUCGAGGAGCGCGAGGCCUACUUCAAUGAGCAAGUCAUGACUGGAGAAAUGCUGAGCCAAGACCCUUCGAGAAAGGUUGAAUCUGCUUUGGCGUUCUACAAGGGUCUCAAAGUGUACCCUGCGCCUGGUGAUCUGAUCAAAAUCUACGACAGCACUGUGCCCAAGCCCAUAUUAGACAUCCUAGCCGACAUGAUCGCCCACGACAGCUCGCUUGAUAUCACCGCCAGUCGUACCGGCGGCAUCGACCUUGGCAACAUCCCCAACGUCGGCCUCGAUUAA